UAACACACGUGGUGUAAGUUGAGGUUAUGGUUAUCAAUUUUCUAUGCAGUGGCUUGUGUUUUGAGUUUGUGUCAGGUGUUCAAUGAAAUACAAUGGCAUAUCAGGAGGAUUUUAAUACUUUUGUUGGUGGAUUAACUGGUGCUUUCAAAGGAAUUAAAGUGACCAGGAAAGGAAAAAUUAUUAUCAAAAACCUACAAAACACCAAACACUUAUCUAAUAAAAAUCAAAUCACAGCGUUGAAUUGGGGAGAUGAUGCAGAACGUGAUAUAUUGAUGGGACUCAGCGAUCAAAGCGUAAAAGUUUAUGAUACAGAACAUAAACAAUUCAUCAGCAGCUUUGAAGCGAAACAUGGCAAAGGACCCAUCAUAGGAUUAGCCAAAUUUAAUAGGCACAUACUGGCCGGAUACAAGUCGGGAGACGUCAAAUUUCUGAAUUGUGACAACCACAAAAUGAUGAGAACCGAGUGGAGAGUUGGACCCUCCCUGGAUAGUAUGAAAGUCAAGAAGCACUUAAUGGCGACAGGAGGCGAAGAGAAUCAGCUGAAACUGUGGGAUUUAAACUCAACCAAAUUAAUCUAUCAUGCGAAAAAUGUCAAACCAGACUUUUUAGACUUGAAGGUGCCAGUUUUUAUAUCUGACAUUGGAUUCUUUCCUUCCAAUGAUAAAAUCGUUUACUGUUCAAAGCAUGGACAUGUGCGUAUUCAUGACCCAAGUGUAUCUCAAAAACGGCCAGUUCUGGAUAUGAGUGUGAAAAGUAAUAAUGGAGACCCGCAUGUAUUAACAGCUCUAGCAAUUGCACCAAUGCGAGAACAGCAUGUUGUUGUUGGAAGUGCUGCCGGUCAAAUGUCCCUCCUUGAUCUGAGGCAUAAAGGAAUACCGAUCAAGAAAUACAAGAGUUUCAGAGGAAGUAUCAAAGCCAUAGCUGUACCAGAGACUGAACCUAUAAUUUUGACUGUUUCUUUAGAUAGAUUCUUCCGCAUACACAAUAUGUUUAAUCAUGGUUUACGAUAUCAGCAAUACUUCCAAUCAAGACUGUCAUCUAUACUCAUUCGAUCAGAUUUUUCCAUGAGUAGUAAAGGCACAAAGGAAGACGUUGAAAUUCUUGAUUAAUUUGAAUUCACACCGGCGAUUUUAGAUCUACCAUAACUAUAACAGAUUAAUCUCCUUGGAAUCUUUCCUUCUUAAAAUCAGUUUUUAAGAGACCAUGAAAGUAUUUAUUUAAUUCUUUCUUUUAAAACAUAUUUUCAUAAUGAGCAGCGUGGAAUGAAUUGUCAAAUAGUACCUCAACUACUGUAAAUGCACAACUAUUUCCAUUUAUUUACAAAAUUACAAUGAAGAAAUCACGUAAAAAGUUGUGAUGGUACACUGUACGCCUCCAUGAAUAAGCAUAUUAAACUGAGCUCUUUUUUUCUCCUACAAUCCUAAAGGCAAAAUGACUUAGGGGCAGGAGCAAUGUAAAUUGAUGUAUCUAUUAUAAAUUAAAGAGAUUUCAGUUACUAUAAAACGCUCUCUGAGAAACAUCAUCAUUCAGAAGUCUGUGCAUCAUUACAAUUAUACAUAUUAUGUUUUCCGAAAAAGUAUCUCUGAGCAAUCCACUUAAGCUUAAUUUAACAAUCACUUUCCAAGAAGCAAAUUUUUCUUACAAUGACCUAUGAACAUAUUUGCUUGAUAUCAAGAUCUCUUUACUUUAUCAGCUUAUCUGCUGUUACCAGAUUUUUUUUCUACAACAUAGCAUCAGCAUUUAGCAGUAUGCCAAGUUGAUAGCCAUCUCUUUUCAAAUUCUUUGAUUGCGUGGAUGAAAGAUUAUUACCGACGCCUGAAGAUUACAGGAGGCUGUUCCAAAUUGUACGUAACAUAGAAUUCUGAAUGUGAAGCAAAACACAGUGAUGAAUGACAGAUUGCAACCGUGAGGAACUGCUCAAGUGUCAGCAGUGCAAAUAUACUCUCAGCUGAUUGAAUUAAAAAAAAUUUGUCUUCUCAAAUCAUGUUUACAAUAAGAUUUAUUGUAGAAUUCGUAAUUUUCUUCCUACAUGAGAAUAAAAAAGUUUAUUUUUA